AUGACGUCUCCCUUCCCUCUCUUCCACGUCCCCUAUGUCCCUUUAGCCAGAAUUAUCGAUUUUAUGGAGCCGAAAACAUUAGUGUCGCUGUCUUUUCUAAAAAGCAAUUAUGUGUUGAUUGCACGUAAGCUUGUAGAAAAUAUCAAUUAUGAAGGCAUGGAAUCGGUGAAAAUAGGUGGAGAACAUGUACGAAUAAAAAUGGAACAUUUGAAUGGAUAUAUUAUUUCAUAUUGGGAUAAUGCAGUGAAUAGAUUGAAAGUUAUCACUGACUAUGUGACCAAUCUAUUCAAUAUUGAUGUAUCAGAAAUCUGGGCUUCGAAGCAAUCUCUCCAUAUAAUUGAAUGGGUGAACAGAAGACAAAAGACACCGUUGAAAAACGUUCUUUACUCGAGUGCUACCGCAACAUCAGAAGAAGAGAUGAUUUAUAUUCUGAAAGACUGCCGUCCGAUCUCUCGAUUAAGCAUACAUCUAAAGCCGCCUCAGAACUUUCGGUUCGCGGAAAAGUUCCCAAAAAUCGAUUGCUUAGAAAUCAGUAAUUCCAAAUGGGUAACAAUCGAUGAUCUGUUGAGCAUGGAUGGAAUCGAUAUUCAUCUAGAGAAUGCCAGUCUCACUAAUAUUCCACCGGCCCAAUGUCUUCCUUCCACAGACAUCACUGUUUUGUACGCGUAUUCUACUGAUAUCGACGCUGAUACAUAUGGGUAUGGUGCCUCUAGUGUGAUCGGUUAUGCUAAUAAAUAUGCAACAAUGGCAAAUGUUCGAUUUGAUACGAAACAGGAAGAAGAUAUUGAGUAUCACACGGACUCUGAAAGUUUGAGUGAUUCUCUAAAUUCCCAUUUACCUGAUCCAUCACUUGGAUAUGGAAACAAAACAACUGGAAGCAAUUUGUACACUGUUUUAAAGAAGUUUCUCAAUAAUCGGAAGGUUUCAUUAUGCGGAGCCCACGUUUUCAUUGCAGUAAAACGGUAUCCAGAUGAGUCUGAUGUAUCUGACAUAAUCACCCAACUUCGAGCAAAUCAUGUGAUUGUGUAUAUUGCUGUCGACAGUAUCCCAUCGGGCGGUUCCAAUUCUGCAACAUUAUACGAAAUGUCAUAUCAAACCAAUGGAUAUAGUCUGUUCGCCACCGGCAGUGAUCUUCGAUAUGCGUUUGAGUGGAUGACCGCAAUACUUCAGACCCCUUACCAAAUCAUUGCUCAAAACUUUGUAGUUUCUGAAUCGGGACGAAUCGAAGUAUCGGCAUUCACAACUCCGAUACCAACGGGUUACGCAAGCCCAUGUUUUUUUGCAACAACUAUUCAAAACCACACACUUGACAAUUCAUUUGUAUCAAUGAAUUAUACAAUUGAGAGUACUGAUGGAUCUUUUGUUUAUACAUUCCCGGGUGGCUACUCCUUACCUCUUUAUGGAACUGAGCAAGCAGAUUUCUCAACUUUGAACGGAUCCCUCUCAUACAAAUGGACAAUUGACUAUCAUUAUGACACUGAUGCACCACAAAUCAUUCAAUUAAGAAUGUACAGCCAUUAUUAUCACGACUUCCUCCCACUGCCAGUAUUCUAA